UCUAUCACUGUGUUUGGGGCAAGCUAAACCAUGCCAGGACACCUCUGCAACUAACCAUAACCCUUUUCCCCUUGUGGAUCUGGCCCUUUUGGAUAUUUUCUACAGUAUAUAUUCUUCCCCUGAGGAGGGCUGAGGCAGGGGGGUCCAGUCUGUGCCUCUGGAGUUGAGGGAUGGAGAAAGUCCAGAGGGUGCAGAAGAAGACCAGCACCAUGUCUCUGACCAUCUCCUCCUCUGCAUCGUCCCAUAGGGAGCUCUCCUCCUCUGCUCUGCUCUCCUCUUCUGCAUCUUCACAUAGAGAGCUCUCCUCCACCUCUGCUCCUUUCACCUCAUACUGUGCCUCCUCUGCUUCCUCUUCCUCUGCGUCCUCCUCGUCUGUUCUGACGCAGAGGCUCUCUAGUCUGGUGCAGCCGGUCUGUGUCAGCCCUUCCACGACCCCUGGCACCCCCUUCAGCCCACAGUACUCAGGCAGCAGAGGAGCGCCCUCAUUUGUAAAGUGCCUCCAUGAUGUGAGCAGCGUGAAGGGCCAGCUGGUGGUGCUAGAAUGCCGUCUCAGAGGUACUCCCCCAAUGCAGGUGCUCUGGUACAGAGAAGAAGAGCAGAUCCUGGACUCAGAUGACUUCAGGAUCCUACGCAAAAAGGCCAGUUCGGCAUCAGUCCCUGAGGAGCUGUGCACGUUGGUCAUCACUGAGGCCUUCCCUGAGGAUUCUGGAGUUUACAAAUGUGUGGCUCUAAACUCUUAUGGCUCUGUGUCCUGUGCUGCCGUCUUGGAGGUCUACAAUGACCUGGAGGAGCAGAUGGAGCUGGAGUCCUUACGCCAGCAGGAGUCGUCCUCCCUCCACAUGUCCUCCAUAAAAACCAGUGAAGAAGAGUUCCCCUCUGUGCUGCCAGAACCAGAACCAGAGCCGGAGCCCGAGUGGCCUGAGAGCCCCCCCGAGGAGAGCCUCAUCACUGAUUUUGCUGAACCUCAGCCGCCGCCCUGCUCCGAGGACAGCUCUGUGGGUCAAAGGUCAGAGGUUGUGGUGACAGCAGUGACCCCUAGCCCCCCUCCUCCCCCCUCCCCUCCUGCUGAAGUAGAACCAACCCAGACCAAAGAGAAGGGAGGGAAACUGUUCACCCCUAGCAAACUCACCUUCACUUCCGGCAGCAGAACCAUGGACCUGUCUGACCUUCCCUCUUUCACCCCAAGCUCCUUCCCCUCCACCGGUUUCAACUACGAGCGCCCGCGUCACUUCAUCCAAUCACAGCCAUCAUUUCAGGCGCCCAGCUAUGACGUGGCGCUACAGAUAGACUCACCCACAUCUCCCGCGCUGUCUUCACCCCUCUCCCCCACUGGCUCCACCCCCUCUCAACCAGCAAACCUUGCCAGAGCCACUGCAGAAGUCAAAACUUCUGUCUCUCAAAACAAAGUGUCUCAAGUUUCCCAUAAUCAGAUUUCCCACUCGGAUUCAAGAUCUUUGUCCCAAACGCAGUCCCAGUUUCAGUCUAUGACCCUGAACGACGGGCAGCUCCAGUCCAAUGGCACCUCCAAAUCAUCUUCCCUCAGCUCUCAGUCUUCCUCACUCCUAUCUCCCUCCUCCUCUUCUCUCCUCUCUCCCUCCUCUUCCACUCUCCUUUCUCCCUCUUCCUCUACCUCUCCUCUCACUCGAACUGUCCGCUCCUCUAUCAUCCUUACCCCCUCCUCCCCCAGUGCCACUAUGGGCAAGGGCAGUGCCACACUCCCCGCGAACCAGGACAACAUUUCUGCUCCGGCCGCCUACCUCUGCUCUGUCCUGCCUGGGUCCAAGUCUCCUUCACGCUCGCCCCUGAUGCCCUCCCGGAUGCCGCUCGGAGGAGGAGUGCCUGCUGGUGGAGGAGGAGGAGUACCCCAUGCAGGAGGGGGGCCACCCGGGUUCCAGGCCAUGCCCCUGUCCCCCUCCCUUUCCCGUUCCUCCCUCUCUCCUCAGCAGCAGCAGCAGCAGAAUCUCCAGAACCAAGUGCAGCCCAGUGUAGUGUCUCUGCCUGCCAGCUACAAGCCCACGCCUACUAUUCUACCGAAGCCCAUCCUGAAGAAGACCAUUGCUCCUCGACCCUCCUCUGCUCGCUCCACUGAGGAGGACAUCCAGGGCUCCAAGGAUGCUCUGAUACAAGACCUCGAGAAGAAACUCCGGUCCAAGGAGGCGCGCAGGAGGACUGGACAGAAGCUGUCGUAUGAGGAGAGAAUGGCUCGCAGACUGCUGGGGCCAGACAACGCUACCUACAUGUUUGACCAGGAACUGUCUGAUUCAAUGGACCAGCCAGAUUCACCAGAGGGACGACACACUGGAGGACUCUGGGGGCGACAUCACUCUGGAUCAGAUGAGAAGACAAAUGAAGGUCCAGCAAUUCAGGAGAAGUGCUACGCUCCAAGAUUCCUCCAGAUCCCCCCAGACUUGACAGUGGAGGAGGGGAGGUUCUGUAGGAUUGACUUUAAGGUGGGCGGUUUGCCCACUCCAGAUGUGAGCUGGUACCUGGACGGUAAAGCCAUCCGCCCCGAUGACUACCACAAGAUGUUAGUGUGUGAGAAAGGCCUCCACUCCUUCAUCAUCGAGAUUGUCACUGUGCACCAUGCAGGUGUAUACGAGUGUGUGGCCCGCAACAGAGCCGGAGAGAGCCGCUUUAGUAUGAGGCUCGACGUCAUAGCCCAGGAAGCCUUGCGCCCACCCACCUUUGUGCAGAAGAUGUUGAACUCCCGUGCUCUAGAGGGCGACACUGUGCGGUUAGAGUGUAAAGUGGACGCCUCUCCCCCUCCUCAGCUCUUCUGGAAGAAGGACAAAGACAUGCUGCGCAUUGACCCCAACCGCAUGAGCCUGUACCAGGACGGCUCAGGACGCCAGUGCCUGCUCAUCGAGCGUGUAGUGAAGUCUGAUGCGGGCUGGUACACUCUGUCUGCCAUCAACGAGGCUGGAAUGUCUACCUGCAAUGCCCGACUUGACAUCUCCAGUCGGACCACUCCCCUCAUGAAGACAGCGCCUCCCGCCUCUAAGACUCUGAAACUGCUGUCGUCUCUGAGCCACGUCCCUGUGAACACGGAGAACCCGGGUCAGCACACCGCACCACUGUACGAGAGCGAGGAGCUGUAAAAACAUUACAGCAUAAAUCUACUAUAUUUACUUUACAUGUACAGGGCUGGAGUUGUGUUUUGGUAUUAUAAAAAAUAUGAGGAAUUAAAGAAGUCAUAUUAAACUUUUUCAGGUAGUAUUGAACAAUUGGUAGAUUUCUCUUUAAAAUUAUCUUCAUUGUAAACCACAGUAUUGAUCUAGAAUGGCUUAAAGGGCCCAUAUUACGCUGUUUUGUGUUAUAUGUUAUAAUGUUGUUUCCUCAUAACAAACAUACCUGGAGGUGUUUUGUUUCAUUCACACAUGUUUAACACAUGAACCCUGCAUAUUAAGGCUGUGUUAUUUUCUCAGACAGAAAAUACUUUUCCACCUUGUGAUGUCAUUUAGUGCUGAUACAGGACGUGCUCUCCUGUGUUUCUCCAUACACAUUCACUUCAAUUAUUUGGAUAAUUUCAGCCUUGGAAUUGCCAGGCUGUACUCAACAAAAGAUAACAGGUAGCUGUUAACGUGAAGACUACCACUCUAUGACAUCACAAGGUGAAACUGAGCAUUUGAGGUUUGGAGAUAUCGACAAACUAAUAAGAAAGGUUUACUCAAACAUGUGUGAAUGAAAUAAAACACGAUCCCAGGUUUUUGAUGAGGUAACAACAUUAUAACAUGACUAAAAGCUCAUAAGAGUCCAUUUUGUGUAAUAUAGGACCUUUAAUAAUAGAAACAGGUCCUCUGAUUUAAUUGCCAGUGAAUUGAAAUCACAACUUGAAUGUAUCCAAUUAGCAAAAUUUCAAAGGCUGCAAUUUUUAAGUACCAUAAUUUACUCCACAAACAACAAAAUGUCCUGUCAUAUUUUGCAUAAAACUGCUAACCCUGUAGUUUAGAGCUGUACAAACAUUCUGAAAUGUGAUUCUUGUUUUAGUUUGUCAGUGAAGGUUUCAAUGAAUUUUGAACAGAAUCUUAUUAUUAAAACACAAAUCUAAUCACAAUCACAAUGUUGGUCAGAGAUAUUUUGCCUAAAUCGUUAAGCCCAGGUUUUCAUUGUAACAGCAGCAAAUGUUCAUGUUUUAUGGCUGAAAAUGGCAUUUUUUAACCUUACAUGUAAAUAAGCGCAGUAAGUACAAAGUUGUGGGCGGAGAUAGGGGGUAGGUGAAAACAGACAUUUUCUGAGCACUAAAGCCUCCAAUGCAAGACAGUACAGGAUUACUCUAAUAUGCAUGAAUCUAUCUAAAUAUAAAAUUGAGUAAGCUAAUGAUGAGGGAACAACAUAACUCAAUUGCAUAAUAUGUCCCCUUUAAGCUUAGCAUUUUGGUAUGCAGCUCUGUGUAAAACCUGGGUUCACUCUCUGUCUCUGUGUAAAUGAUCUCACUCGUGUAUUAAUAGUGAGGCACAGUCAGCCCUGAAGCCACAUUUAACCCCACCACAGCAAUAAACUACACUACCCACAAUCCCCCGGGGCCCCAAUAAUCUCACACCUGUCUGUAGUGCACGACAGAAAUACACCAGGAUCAAUGGUUAAUGUGCUCUUUAAGACUGACCCUUAUAUUUGUUUGUCCUGCUAUUGUAUUAGUAGCUCUCAGACCUUGCACUUGUAUAAGAGUACUCUUACUUGAGUAAUUUAUUGUACAAUGUAACAGUACCCGUACAUGAGUAAUACAAUAAUACUACUCUUACCUGAGUAAACCUGUGGUUACUCUUCCCACUAUGAGUAAGUCUACAAGUGACAAAAGCUUUAUGUUGACAAUAUUUUGUGCAUUAUUUAAUGUUUUGUCCUAACAAUUACAUUAAACUCAAAUUAUAAAUCAGAUAGUACAUCCAGACAGUUACUCUUUAAGUUACUUUCACUUGAGCAAGUACUUUCUGCUUGGGUAAUAUUAAUUUGAAGUGACAGUACUCUUACUCAAGUACAAUUUUUUGAUAAUUUCCCCACCUAUAAACAACUAAGUACCACUUUGAACAAACUAUAGACUAUUACAGUUUUAAAGCUUUACAUAGUUUGAACCAGAGAAGAACUAAACCAGGCCUAAACCAGUUAAAUUAUCUGCAGCGCGGAUUUGUAAUUUCAUUUUAAAUAAGUGUUUUGUGUAAGUGUAAGAGUUAGUAACUGUUAACUGUUGUGUCUGCUUUACCUGUAUUCGCUCAAAUACUUGGUUUUGAUUGGUCCAAUCUGAGCUUGCAUGGGAACCACAUGACUCAUUUUGGACUAGGACGAAUUAUGCACUGGACACUGCUGAGGUAGAAACAUUUGACUUGUUUGUUGAUGUCUAUAAACCAUUUUCUUUUCAAAAACUCAAACUAUUUUGUCAUUUAGAACACUUCUCUUGCCUAAGCCCUAUGUUUUUACACAGGUACUCUGUCAACAAUUUUGGUUUCUGCCUGGACUCAUUUAAAAAUGUUGUGUUAACUGUGUGCCUCAUUUGAAUCAUGUUUGUUGUGUAAAACUUAUGUAUGAAUGAGAAAUAAAGUCUGUGUUAAAG